AUGGAUAAGGACGUGUGUGAAAAGUUCGAGAAUGUAUGGGAUAAAUUUCCCGAUAAAUUGACCAGUGAUAAUGAGUAUGAUUUUAAAAAAGAAAAUUUCUUAGAAGGUUAUUGUGAUGAUUAUGAAUGUAGUACUAAUUACGGAAAACUUAAUGCUGGAUUUUUUUAUUUGCUUAAUCAAUUCAUUGGGAGUUCUGGGUCAUUGUAUAAUGUGGAAAAUAAUAUAAAUGUUGUUGAAUAUAUUAUUCUAUGGUUAAGUUAUAUGUUAAACCUAAAGAGUACUCAAGAUGAUACCAUUACCAAUCUAAAUAAUUUUUAUAUAGUAAAUGUAAAUAAACACGAAAAGUAUAAUAGUUUCAUUGAUCUUAUAAAUAAUAAAAAAAAAUUGAUGAAUAUUUCUAGUGAUAAAGUGUCUAAACUUUAUAAGUUAUUUAAAAUUUUAUGUGAAAUGUAUACUAAAAUUGAUUAUGGCAAUAAAACAUGCAAUAACUAUUUGAAAGAUGCUAAUAAAUUUGUUGAUGAAUAUCAAAAACUCCUUAAUGAUAAUGAUACUGAUAAUGGAAACAAUUUAUACAAUCAACUAUUGUGUAGUUUAUCAACUGAUUAUGAUAAUUUAAAAAGUAAAUGUAGCGAUAGUUCAUCCUUUCGAGAGAUAAAAACACCAACAAAUUGUGUAAAAAGAUCCAAACAAAGUUCUCAACUAAUUUCUGCACAAAAUUCUGAAGAUAUAUCAAGUUCGUCAAUAGGAAACAAAUUGUUUACAGUUUUAUCGAUAUUUGGUGCAAUAGCAUUUCUUUUAGGAAUUUCUUAUAAGUAUUCGUUAUUUGGAUUUCGGAAACGAUUUCAAAAACAAAAAUUAAGAGAAAAGCUAAAAAAUAUAAAGAAGAGAAUGAAUCAUUAA